AGGAUGACCUUCCCCUCCUCAGGAAGGCCUAGAAGGGAGAGGCAGCCCCCAGCGAGGUCCCCCCAUGCUGAUGAUUUUCAGAGACUUGUUGGCAACUCAGGGAGGGUUGCCAUAGCUUUUUUAUGUAGGGUGACCAGAACCGGCUGAAACUGGUUUGAGGCAGAUCAGCUCCUGAACACAAUGCAGUCACUGAGCUACUACAGUGGGAUAGCAGCUUCCUCCCUUCAUGGCAGCCAAAAGCAGAGGAGCUUGCAGGAAGGUGCCAUCCCUACACAGUAUGUGAAUGCACACUUAGACACCACACAGCACUGGUACGUGACUAAUGGAACCCUAAAAAGAUCCUGUGUAGAGACGAUGGGGAAAAAAAAGGUGCAGGUUUGCAAGGUCUGAGAUGACUUGGGCUUUUCCUGCCUUUUUCUUUUUGCUUAAGGGAUGGACAAGGAGCUGAGAUUUAUGACCCUUAUUAAAGAAAAAAAAAAGGUGCCUUGCUAGGGUGGGGACACUUGGUUUGUGCAGUCUCUCUCCCUCUCCCUCUCUCUCUCUCUUUCUCUUUCUCUCUCUCUCUCUGUGCUUUUUUUUUUUUAAACAAAACAAAACCAGGAUGAACUGAUGGAUUCGUAAUGGUAGUUUGUUUGUUGCUGGAGAAUGCUACUUUGCAUGCUUUUUUUCUCUUGCAGGGUAUGUUCUGUUUUGUGCUUUUCCUUUUAGAAGCUCCUAAAGGGUGUUGGGGAUACUUCUGACUAUUAUGAAGGCCAAAAGAGAAUGCAGCCGUGUGACAGUAACUGAACACUGGCCCAAAGUCUUUCCCAAAGGUCAAGGUUCACAAGAACAUCUGAUCAAAUUCAUGACCAUGGGGGAUAUGAAGACCCCAGACUUCGAUGACCUCCUGGCAGCAUUUGACAUCCCAGAUAUGGUCGAUCCCAAAGCAGCUAUUGAAUCCGGACACGAUGACCACGAAAGCCACAUCAAGCAGAAUGCUCACGUGGACGACGACUCGCAUACCCCAUCGUCCUCCGAUGUGGGUGUCAGCGUGAUUGUGAAGAAUGUGCGGAACAUCGAUUCCUCCGAGGGUGCGGAGAAGGAAGGCCACAAUCCCACAGGCAAUGGCUUACACAACGGGUUUCUCACAGCGUCCUCUCUGGAUGGUUACAGUAAAGAUGGAGCCAAGUCCUUGAAAGGAGACGCACCUACCUCAGAGGUGACUCUCAAAGACUCGGCAUUCAGCCAGUUCAGCCCUAUCUCCAGUGCUGAAGAGUUUGAUGACGAUGAGAAAAUCGAGGUGGACGACCCCUCGGACAAGGAGGAGGUGCGCUCCGGUUUCAGAUCGAAUGUCUUGACGGGGUCUGUUUCUCAGCAGGACUGUGAUAAACUAAAGGCACUGGGAGGAGAAAACUCAGGCAAAACUGGAAUGGCCACGCCAGGCAGUCUAGAUAAAAACAAAGUCAAGAGAGAAACAGAGAGCAAUUCCAUAAGUCUGAGUGUUUAUGAAUCGUUUAAAGUCAGAAAGCUGGAGGAUAAGUUGAAGGAGAACUCUGAGAAGGUGCUCGAAAAUAGGGUCCUUGAUGGGAAGCUGAGCUUGGAGAAGAACGAUAUCAGCCUUGCUGGGCUUGCACCAUCCAAGACCAAGGCGGCCUCCAAGCUCUCGUCCUGUAUAGCCGCCAUUGCGGCCCUAAGCGCCAAAAAGGCGGCUUCUGACUCAUGCAAAGAGCCUGUGGCCAACUCCAGGGAAGCAUCUCCCUUACCGAAAGAAGAAAAUGACAGUCCGAGACCUGCUGACAAGUCUCCCGAAUCCCAGAGCCUCAUCGAUGGCCCCAAGAAAGCCUCCCUCAAGCCAUCGGAUAGUCCCAGGAGCAUCUCCAGUGAGAACAGCAGCAAAGGGUCCCCGGCGUCUCCUGCAGGCCCCACACCGGCCAUCCCCAAGGUCCGCAUCAAGACCAUCAAGACAUCUUCCGGGGAGAUCAAGAGAACGGUGACGCGGGUUCUGCCGGAAGUGGACCUUGACUCGGGGAAGAAGCCUUCUGAGCAGACGGCGUCUGUGAUGGCUUCUGUGACAUCCCUUCUGUCAUCUCCAGCCUCGGCCACUGUCCUCUCCUCUCCCACCAGGGCGCCUCUCCAGGCAGUUUCCUCUGCCGAGCUGACCCCCAAGCAGGUCACCAUCAAGCCCGUGGCCACCGCGUUCCUCCCCGUGUCCGCCGUGAAGACAGCAGGGUCCCAAGUCAUCAAUCUGAAGCUGGCGAACAACACGACGGUGAAAGCCACGGUCAUCUCUGCUGCCUCUGUCCAGAGUGCUAGCAGCGCCAUCAUUAAAGCUGCCAAUGCCAUUCAGCAGCAAACCGUUGUGGUGCCAGCCUCCAGCCUGGCGAACGCCAAACUCGUGCCAAAGACUGUGCACCUUGCCAACCUUAACCUUCUGCCUCAGGGUGCCCAGGCCACCUCUGAACUCCGCCAAGUGCUAACCAAACCUCAGCAACAAAUAAAGCAGGCAAUAAUCAAUGCAGCGGCCUCGCAGCCACCCAAAAAGGUGUCCCGUGUCCAGGUGGUGUCCUCCUUGCAGAGUUCGGUGGUGGAAGCUUUCAACAAGGUGCUGAGCAGUGUCAACCCAGUCCCAGUUUACAUCCCAAACCUCAGUCCUCCUGCCAACGCGGGCAUCACGAUCCCCACACGCGGGUACAAGUGCUUGGAGUGCGGGGACUCCUUCGCGCUGGAGAAGAGUCUGACCCAGCACUACGACCGGCGCAGCGUGCGCAUCGAAGUCACCUGCAACCACUGUACCAAGAACCUCGUUUUUUAUAACAAAUGCAGCCUCCUUUCCCAUGCCCGGGGCCAUAAGGAGAAAGGAGUGGUAAUGCAGUGCUCCCACUUAAUUCUCAAGCCAGUCCCAGCAGAUCAGAUGAUAGUUUCUCCGUCUAGCAAUACUUCUGCUUCCUCUCCCACUCUGCAGAGCUCCGUGGGAGCCGGCACACACACUGUCACCAAAAUCCAGUCUGGCAUCACGGGGACGGUCAUAUCAGCUCCUUCCAGCACACCCAUCUCCCCAGCUAUGCCCCUAGACGAAGACCCCUCCAAACUCUGUAGACACAGUCUCAAAUGUUUGGAGUGUAACGAAGUCUUCCAGGACGAGACAUCGCUGGCCACACAUUUCCAGCAGGCUGCAGAUACGAGUGGACAAAAGACUUGCACUAUCUGCCAGAUGCUGCUUCCUAACCAGUGCAGUUAUGCUUCACACCAGAGAAUCCAUCAGCACAAAUCUCCCUUCUCCUGCCCUGAGUGUGGGGCCAUCUGCAGGUCGGUGCACUUCCAGACCCACGUCACCAAGAACUGUCUGCACUACACACGGAGAGUUGGUUUUCGAUGUGUACAUUGCAAUGUUGUGUACUCUGAUGUGGCUGCACUGAAGUCUCACAUUCAAGGCUCUCACUGUGAAGUCUUCUACAAGUGCCCUAUCUGUCCAAUGGCGUUUAAGUCUGCCCCAAGCACACAUUCCCACGCCUACACACAGCAUCCUGGCAUCAAGAUAGGAGAACCAAAAGUAAUCUAUAAGUGUGCCAUGUGCGACACUGUGUUCACCCUGCAAACCUUGCUGUAUCGCCACUUUGACCAGCACAUUGAAAACCAGAAGGUGUCUGUUUUCAAGUGUCCAGACUGUUCUCUUUUAUAUGCACAGAAGCAACUUAUGAUGGACCAUAUCAAGUCUAUGCAUGGAACAUUGAAAAGUAUUCAAGGGCCUCCCAACUUGGGUAUACACUUGCCUUUGAGCAUUAAGCCUGCAUCUCAAAAUUCAUCAAACCACAGCAAAGAGGACACCAAGUCCAUGAAUGGGAAAGAGAAAUUGGAAAAGAAGUCACCGUCUCCUGCAAAAAAGUCCGUGGAAUCCAAGAAGUCGACCAUUCUUGGGUGGACUUGUUGGGAGUGUGACCGCCUGUUCACGCAGAGGGAAGUGUACAUCUCCCACAUGAGGAAGGAGCACGGGAAGCAAAUGAAGAAGCACCCUUGCCGCCAGUGCGACAAGUCCUUCAGCUCCUCCCACAGCCUAUGCCGCCACAAUCGGAUCAAGCACAAAGGCAUCAGGAAAGUCUACACCUGCUCGCACUGCCCGGACUCGCGGCGGACUUUCACCAAACGGCUGAUGCUGGAGAAGCACGUUCAGCUCAUGCAUGGGAUCAAGGACCCUGACCUGAAAGAAAUGACAGAGGCCACCAACGAGGAGGAAGUGGAAAUAAAGGAAGACACGAAGGCUCCCAGUCCCAAGCGCAAGUUGGAAGAGCCGGUUCUGGAGUUCCGGCCCCCGCGGGGCGCCAUCACGCAGCCCCUGAAGAAGCUGAAGAUCAACGUGUUCAAGGUGCACAAGUGCGCGGUGUGCGGCUUCACCACGGAGAACCUGCUGCAGUUCCACGAGCACAUCCCGCAGCACAAGUCGGACGGCUCGUCCUACCAGUGCCGCGAGUGCGGCCUGUGCUACACGUCGCACGUGUCCCUGUCCCGGCACCUCUUCAUCGUGCACAAGCUCAAGGAGCCGCAGCCCGCCACCAAGCAGAACGGGGCCGGCGAGGACGGCCAGCAGGAGAACCAGCCGGGCCCCGACGACGAGGCCGCCGACGGCGCCGUGUCGGACCGCAAGUGCAAAGUGUGCGCCAAGACCUUUGAAACGGAAGCUGCCUUAAACACGCACAUGCGCACCCACGGCAUGGCCUUCAUCAAGUCCAAGAGGAUGAGCGCCGCCGACAAAUAGCCCCCGCCGCGCACGGUCCAGGCUGCUGCAAUAUCCCGCCCUCGCCGCCCUCCGCCACGCCCCGGAGCAUCCACACAGUAUUUGCGUUGAAAAGAGUUUGUAUAUAUUUAAAUGACAACUUUUUAUACUCUUUGUUACAUGUUUGUAUCAGUAUUUAGUAGAAGAUGUUUUGAGGUGUCUUUUGUUGUUGUUGUUGUUGUUGUUGGUUGGUUUGUUCAGAUGGGUUUCGAUGUUUGUUUUUCUUCCUUUCUUUUUGUACCGUUUCUUUAUAACAGAGUUCUUAGUCCUAGGGGCAGUUCCUGAAUUCCAACCCAACCCUUUUUGUAUGGCCACCAAUUGGAAUGGGUUGCUGACCAAGUAACAGGCUAACUAAUGUGAUGCCUUUUUUUAGUGUUUUUAAGUUUUUUAGAAUCCACUACAUAAUUUGUAGGUGGUUGUGGCUCUCACAACACUAGAAACUUUGAAGUGUCUUAGCACCACCCCAGCGUGCCUGCCCCCAAGGAAGCCAGGGUGCUGGGGGGGAUACCCCGCUCCCGUGGGCACCUGGCCUCCGGUCAGGCCGUGCCCAGUGGCAGCCAAAGCAGCCUUGCAGGGCCUCCUCUGUCCCCAGGGCUGGCUACAGCAGGCCAGAAUCCAGUGAGGAAUGUAGACUUCCUCAGUUCCAUCCUAAGAAACGGGGAAGGAGGGAAUUGCAGAAUGGGGAAAACCAGGCCUGAUGGUUUUCCAGGCAGAUAGGCAAGGCUGAUUUAAAGAGCACAAGGAGAUACGCCAGGAAAGGGCUGGACUACUGUAAAAGUUAUACCUGGAGAGUCAGACCUAGCUCCGUCUAGUCAGGUUAACUGUCAUGUAACUUAUUACCUAUUACAAACACAACAACUACGAGUAUCAAGUAUUUCUCUCUGGCUCUUGAUGGGGGAAAAAAAAAAGUCAAUAGUUGACUUACCCCUUUGCCGUCUACACAGUUGGCGUUUCCUGUUCUGGGUGCUACUGCCAAACGUUCUGGUACUUAGAGUUGGGAUGCACAACUUCAACCACCGAGCUGUCAGUGCAGGAGCCUGCUGCAUUGGGCGAUUGGCCAUUAGAUGACGCACUGAGCCACCACCGGCUUUCCUUCAGCAUUUCAGUAGUGUAGCUCCUGUUCGUGGUUCUGUUAGCUGAGGCACCACACAGGUGCUCUUCUGUCCCUUCCGUUCAUAGUUCUCUGGGAGAGUUAUAAACAUAUUAUAUAUAUAUAUUAUAUAUACGUAUAUAUGUGUAUAUAUAUAAUAUUUUUGUCUUUGAGUUUUGUGUUUUCUUUUGCAUUUUAUACCUUGUACUUAUCCCUGAACAUGUUUUAUACUCUUAUUUUUUUUCCCCCCUAUGAAAAGGAAUUCUUUUGUGUAUAUAUAGAUACUUGCAUGAUAGACUGUAGUCGAUGUUUGGUUCCUCAAAAGGUCUUGCUGCUGUCAGGUGUAGGCCCCACACCUAUCAUGACUGUAUUCAACACAUUUCACAUGUAAAUAAACAUGAGACAUUUGGCCUUGUGCUUCUAUGAGAGAGUUAUUGAUGGUGGGGCUGACCCUCCCUGGAGUUUAGGAAGCGAUGCAUUGCUGGAUGGCAUAGACUACCGGAUGCUGCAGAAUUCUUUCCAUUCUGAAGAAUGGCCUCCUCGUUCUCCUCAGUCACCAGCUGUUCUGUCACUUUCUCGUUGACUCCAUCCGUACAUCGGUACAAUCGGAGGGUGUGACGAAGUAUUCCUCCACUUGAAGUUGGACCGCUGUUCCUUGUUUUGUUUGUAUUGCUCUAAGUCGUAUUCUUGGCACUUUCACAUUGCUUCUGCAUUGGAACCUUGCAAUAAGCCUGCGUGGAGGCCGCGCAGGUCUGUACAGCCUAGAUUUACAGUUGAGGAAGCCGAGCUCUGAUGACGUUCUUUGCCUAAGCCCUCCUAUCUGGCGAGUGGCUUUGAGUAUUAGAACCCAAAUAUUUUGCUCUAAAUCUAGUGCUCGCUCUUUGUGGUUAUGUACAUAUCGACAAAUAUUCAUUUAUUCAACAAAUAAAAAAAAAGUAUGUGCAAAACA